AGCAUUUUUUUUGUUUUUUACAUCACCUGAAGCUAACAAGGAAAGAGGAAAGGAAAUAUAUAUCUAUGGCACAGGAUUUCAUUCCUUGAGGUUAUGCAACUGCAUUCUAUAGAAUUCUAGAUUAUGCUGUAGGAAAAUAUACAACAAGGGGAAACUAUAUCAUCAUCUGUGAUCUUUAGCUGGUGUUGGAGUUGGUUUAGGGUUUGAUAUAAUCCAAUGGGGACUCAGGCGGUGGCGGCGGCGGCGGCGGCGGCGUCUCACGGGGGCGGUGGCGGUGGCGGUGGCCGCCGAAAGCCCCAGGGUUUACAGGGCUUCUCUGCCCAAUCCCCAAUUUACGGAUUCGACGAAUUCCUCCACACUGCCAUUCCUCCGUCCGCCGUCGCCGGCGGCGCCGAAAUGACCUUAGAAGGCUUCCUUAUGAAAGUCGGGGCCACCGCCGGCGACGGCGGUGGUGAUGAGGGGGCCAAUUUGGGCCGAGGGGCCCUGUCGGGGGGCUAUGUAGGACGUGCUGGGCCGGCACGACAAUUGUCGGAGGCGGCUCCGCAGGCUCUGAGGAGGAAGAGAGGGGCGGGGACGGCGGCGGUGGCGGUGGCGGUGGCGGGGGUGGAGGAGGUGGCGGAGAAGACGGUCGAGAGGCGGCAGAAGAGGAUGAUCAAGAACAGGGAAUCCGCGGCUCGGUCGCGAGCUCGGAAGCAAGCUUAUACGCAUGAGCUGGAGAACAAGGUUUCGCGCUUGGAAGAGGAAAAUGAAAGGCUCAAAAGGCAAAAGGAGUUGGAGCCAGUAAUCCACUUUGUACCGCAACCAGAACCAAAGCAUCAGCUUCGCAGAACAAGUUCUGCCCUGUUCUGAUCAUGUUUAUACUAACUAAAUUUGUUGAUUAUUCAUGGGGUUGUUCUUCUACUCUGCAUCUUGUGUUGUUAGUUGUAACAUUCGGUGAUCAUCUGUUGUUUUGAGCUCUUCCUCUUUGUUCUGCUGUGCUUGCUGCUGCUUCUGUAUGUGCUUCUUUUCGACUCGCGCGUUGUUCAGCUGCAUUGUAAAUGUAUCAGCUACUUUCUAGGAACUUCAGAAUAGAAUAUCUCAUAUUCAUCGUAAA